AUGUCUGCCAACGAAGAUUUAGAGAUUUCGGGCACCAAACCAGAUUGGAUCUUGAAAAGAACAGAUAUCUUGUACUCUGCAAUCGAUAAUUUUGGCCUUAAUUCUGUACAAACACUUCCGGCGUGCAUGGUGGAUAUGGGGAAAUCCGAUUCGAAAACUACUGAAACCGCCGAUGAUAAAAAGGGAUUCAACAUCACUGUCGCAGGUGAAAGAGUUACGGUGGUCACCAACGGGGGUGAUUCUGGUCUAUUUGAGUGGUUUCCAACGGAAAUAAAAAAAUACGCAUUCCAAGCUCCAAGAAUUGUUCUCGCUUCAUUCAAACAAGUAAAACGUAAUUCCUCAUGCGGCGGUCAUUUUCGACCUAUCUAUAGUGGUCCGCGAAUUUCCCAGCUUUUCAUAAAUCGUCUGACUCGUCAACAAGCAAUUCGAAAAUAUGGUUGUUUAUACAAUAAGAGCGUUUGUCCUAGUGGAUCCAUAGAAAUACCAAAGAUCAAUUAUAAUGCCGCCAAUGAUACAGUGUGGCUCCGCGAAACCGAAUUUUGGUCAGGGUCAAGCAGAAUAAGAUUCCCCUUGAUUGUUCUCGGUAAGAAGUGGAGGGUCCGAAGGUUGGUCAUUGAUUCAUCGUCUCGAAAAGCUCUUAUAGAGAUGGAGAAUCUUAAUCGCUUGUCUGUUGUUCUUGCUUCUCACUUUAGUAGAUUGCGGCAACUAAUUGUCAUUGUGGACCAUCUUGAUCUUACAACUCCUGGUUAA